AUAAACGAGAAAACGUGUAUGGUUGCGGAAGAGCUUUGCUUAGAGCGGUUAAAAUUUUUGCAGUUCUUUAACUAAAGUUAGCUGCACUUCCAUAACAUUGGGCAUAACGUUCUGGUAAAGCUUUUUCGCUCGCACCAUGCAGCGCAACGUUUGUUUUUUCCCCUGUCUAUCUAGUGUGUAGUCCAUAAUCCACAUUAUCUACCUGAUGUUUCUUAGUCGAUAAGAAAUAGCUCCCUGAAUUUUCACCAACUGUAAUUGCGUGAUAGUGCUGGUUUCACGAAAAGUCGCAUCUGACGCGUUAUAGACGCAAGCGCACUUCCAAAGCCAUGGGCACACAGCAAUCUGAUAUUCAGACCCUCGUGUUCCCGUGAAUCCCGUGAUACAGAGUUUUGCUCAGAACUCUGACUAAUAAUAAGCGGUAUCAAUCGCUGUUUUCGGCAACGAUUUACUGGAUUUCACUAACAAAUUGUGCUGUAAGGAGAGGUAAAAAUGGAACUGAGCAAACAGAACUGCACUAAGGUCGCAUUCCUUUUGGGCAUCGACGAAUUCAAACCACCGUCGUGCUUCGAAGUGUGCGAUCUACUGGGACGUGGAAGAACGGGGUCCGGCGUCUUUAAAGCCCCGGAUCAAACUUCUAAGCAGAAGUACGCGGCAAAAAUCUUUCAGGUUCAACCAAAAUUUGUUGCCCACGCGCUGAGUUCCCGCGCUGUUCAACCCAGCUCGGUGGCGUUAUACCAUGCCAGGAAAUUCCGUGCUGUUCGGGAAUUGCAGCACGCAAACAUUGUUAAAUACUUCUUCCAGGACGUUAGUUAUGCCCCUGCGCUGAAGAGUUAUCAAAAACGCAUUUUCAUGGAAUGCUGCAAUGGCGAUACGCUGGAACGAGACAUGGGGAACUUUUACGAAAACUACAAAACCGGCUACAAGGCUCCCGAUGUUUAUCACUAUUUUCUUGGCUUGCUGUCGGGACUCGACUAUCUCCAACACCACCACAUUGUGCAUCGCGACCUCCGCCCGGAGAAGCUCAUAGAGUACCUCUAUUAGGACUUCCCAAAUUCCCAUACGAUACAAUAGCAUUGUAUCCAGUGCGUUGAAAACGAUUAGGGCAUCCUUGGAUACUGCAGUGAUAUCCAUAAACUACUGUACCCUAUGCGUAGCCAUUGUACCCAAUCUGUAUCCACUGUACCCUAAGUGUGCCCACUGUACCCAAUCUGUAUCUACCUUGUAACCGCUGUACCGACACUGUACCCAAUCUGUAUCCAUUGUACCCUACGUGUACCCGCUGUACCGACACUGUACGGGUCUGUACCCAAUCUGCAUUGUAUCUGCCUUGUACCUGCUGUACCGACACUGUACCCAAUCUGUAUCCAUUGUAUCUGCUUUGUACCCGCUGUACCGACACUGUACCCAAUCUGUAUCCACUGUACCCAACGUGUGACCACUGUACCGACAUUGUAUCCACUGUAACCUACGUGUACCCGCUGUACCAACACUGUACCCAAACUGUAUCUAUUGUAGUAUCCGCUGUACAGAAAUUGUGCCCCACUGUAUCAGUCUCGCUGCUGCAGUGCUGAUUUAUUGAAAAACAAACAUUUGCAAGGACAUCGAUUAAAUCCAUAA